UUUUGGAUUCUUUGCUGACUGAUUCAUUUUUGUUGCACUGUUGCAGACUGAACGUGUAAUGACAGGGGUAAAAGUGUGUAAGCUUCUGUAGAGAGGCGACCUCAAUAAUGUCUGUUAGAGAACCGAACUGCAGACUGCGUGGAUGCUUCCUGGAAUGCGGCGGAGGCAGAGGUGAAGGAGGUCAGGUGAAGUGGAGGUCAGGUAUACCUGGAGGCGCUGCCGACCUGAGGAGAGGAGGAGGAAGAGGAGGACGAGGAGGAGAGGAGAGGCGAGGGAGGGGGGAGUCAACCCGGCUCCUUUACCUCGGGCUGGCAGCACAGGAGGGAAUUGAUGAAAUGCCCCGUGGGGCAGGUUUAAACGCGCUGUUUUCCUACUCCGGGCUGAGAGACGGAGCGGGGAGUAGUCGGCGUAACGUGACCGAACGUACAGGUACGAUGUCUGAGUCCGCGAGCUGAGUCGUCAAGUAGAUCCGCAGAUUUGUGCCCGCCCGUCUCGUUGCUGGAAUCCCGCUGGUCCAACAGGAGGAGCACGAAAAAGAGAAGAAAAAAAAAAGAAAAAAAAAAAAGAACGGAGGGAGUUUGUCAGUUUUAAGAACAAGAAGAAGACAGUCCAUGCCGACGACAUCUUGAAACGGAGGGAUGUUGCGAUGGUUGGUGUGUGGUCGGGUGGGUCCAGUUUGGAUGUGGAAAGCGCUGCUGCUCUUUGUGGCCAUUGCGUUCGCGGGCCAGCUGCUGGGGGUCAUCUUCAACAAGAGCAGCGUCCAGCCGGCUGCCCGCUCCAUCUUCUCGUCGCCUGAUGCUCAGGGACCCUCUCUGGGCUCUUGUCAGCCCCAUACCCAUAUAAUGUUCCUCAAGACCCACAAGACGGCUAGCAGUACAGUGCUCAACAUGCUGUACCGCUUUGGAGAGGAGCGCGACCUCCACUUCGCCCUCCCCCUUGGCUACCAGCUGGGCUACCCUCUCCCCUUCAAUGCUCACAGGGUCAAAGGUUACCGAGGUCCCAGAGCUGUGGAGUUCCACAUCAUGGGAAAUCACAUGAGAUUUAACAAGCUUGAGGUGGAGAAGGUUAUGCCUGCAGACACAUUCUACUUCUCUAUUAUCAGGGACCCAGUCGCUCUCGCCGAGUCAUCUUUUGCUUACUACAAAGAAGUAGCGCCUGCCUUUCGGAAAACCAAAGGAUUGGGUGACUUUGCCGACAACCCUCACAAAUACUACGACCCCCGCCUCCGUAACAACCACUACGCCCGGAACCUUCUAUGGUUUGACUUUGGCCUGGACCACAAUGCUAAUUUCUCUAUUAGUCUGGCCCAGCGUGGCCAGGCAAUGAUCCGCCAAGCCUUCAAGCUGAUCCUGGUGUCGGAAUACUUCGACCAGUCCAUGAUCCUGCUGAGACAUGCCCUCUGUUGGCCGCUGGAUGCCGUCGUGUCAUUCAGCCUCAAUGCUCGGCAGCAGAAGCCCAGUGGCAUUGGAGGGAUCAGUGGGAGUUGGGUAGGCAAAGCAGCAGCGGCCGCUGGCGUUGGUGGUAGAGGAGCACGUUCACAAGCCAAGGCGCUACCAAACCUAUCACUAACAGAGGAACAGCGCGAGAAGCUGAGACAGUGGAAUGCCUUGGACUGGUACUUAUACAAAGCCUUCAACAAGACCUUCUGGGAGGAAAUCGACAGGUUCGGUCACGCCCAGAUGGAGCAGGAGGUAGCUCUUCUCAGGACGCGGCGGGACGACUUGGCCCGGGUUUGUCUGAGGGACGGUGGGAAGCCUGUGGAGGCACACCGGAUCAGAGACAAAAACAUCCGGCCAUUCCAGAGCGGAUUAAUCAAGAUUCUUGGGUACGAGCUCCAGCCGGGACUUGACAACGCCACCAGGACAGCCUGUCUACGAAUGAUCAGGCCAGAGAUCCAGUACAAAGAUGUGCUGGAUGCUAAACAGUUCCCACGGGCUCCGGCGAUCCCAGCUCAGCCCGGGCAACAAGUUCCAAUGGUUGCAGCUGCUGGCUCUUUUUUAAGACAAGACUUGUCUCGGACAGGAGAGAGGCUAAUAGGGGGAGAGGCUGGGGGAAGAACAAUGGAGGCAGACUGGGAUGGAAGCCGUUUAAUUAGGGGCAACCGGACUUUGAUACGAGGCCAAGAAAAAGGAAGGUUGAGAUAAUCUGUGGUAAGUUCUGUCCAGUAUGGUACCAUUUGGUCCUCAAAUCAAUGGACUAAUGAAACUGAAAACUGAGCUGAGUGUGGUUUACACAUGAGAAAACAAAUAGUUCCUCCUGAUCAUUUGCUUGUUUUCUUAAAAAAAAAAAGUUUUUUGUUUCAAACAGUUGAACUCUUGUGGACUUGACCCUUGACCUCUGAGCACCUGGGAUGCUUUCAUUUCCCGCAGUAACAAGUUGCGGAGAGUUGUAUCUUUUUGUCUCAACAGAAAGGACCACUGUGUUUUUAUAAAGGAGAAGCUCUCUGCUGCUGUUUAUAAUAAUGUCAAAUUCGACAGCAGACACAGGGUUUUAUUCCCUGUUCAUGAUUAUACUUUUGAGAGUUGUGACACACAGUCGUCGGGAUGCACACGCUUUGAACUUGUCAAUGUGAAGGUAGUAUAACCCUAGUUUUUACUUCUUAUGCAUUACCCCUACAUUGAGUCACUGAGCGAAGUUGUUUUUCUGAAAGAUACCUUGUGGUAUUUGAAAGGCACAGGCCAUUUUAAAACAUCAUAUUUCCUUGCUCAGUGUGCAAAAAUUUAGAAAAACUUCUACUGUCGAUUGCCUAUAUUAAAGUUCCUUUGAAUAAUUUAUAUUGUGCAGUGCUUAUGAAAAGCAUACACCCCCUUGGAUGUUUUCUUCAUGAAUCAUGGUCAAUAUAAUUAGACCUCUUAAAUGUCAAAGUGAAAACAGAUUUUCACAAAGUAAUGUCAACUAAUCAAAAAUAUCUAAUGUAAAAUAACUGAUUGCAUAAGAAUUCACCCCCUUCAAGUCAGUAUUUUGUAGGUGCACCUUUGGCUGCAAUCACAGCACUGAGGCUGUGUGGAUAGGUCUUAUUCAGUCCUGCCCAUGUGAACACUGCAUUUUUAUUCCAUUCUUCUUUGCAAAACUGCUCAAACAAUGUGAGGUGGCACGACGAUCGGGCAUAAACAGCCCUUUUUAAAGUCGAGCCACAAAUUCUCCAUUGGAUUGAGGUCUGGGCUUUGGCUCAGCCUCUCCAGAACAUUCACCUUUGUUGUCUUUAAACCAUUUCUGUGUAACUUUUGCUCUAUGCUUCGGGUCAUUUUCGCAGUGGAAAAUAAAUAUUCUCUCAAGUUACAUGCCUUCCAGGGCCUGCUGCUGAGAAUCAUCCCCACAGUACGAUGCUGCCACCACCAUGCUUCACGGUAGGGAUGGUGUGUUUGGUGUGUGGUGAUGUGCAAUGUUUGGUGACCGCCAAACAUAGCAUCUAGUCCGAUAGCCAAAAAGCUCCAUUUUUGUUUCAUCAGACUACAGAACCUCCUUCCAGUUGACCUUGGCGUCUCCUGCAUGCCUUUGGGUGAACUCAAGCUGAGAUUUAAUGAGCUGUCUUCAACAGUGGCUUUCUCUUUGCCACUCUCCCAUGAAGCUUUGACUGGUGAAGAACCCGGGCAACAGUUGUUGUAUGCAGAGUCUCUCCCGUCUCAGCUCCUGAAGCUUUUAACUCCUUCAGAGUAGUCAUCUUGGUCAUCUUGGUGGCCUUCCUCGCUAGUCUUCUUGCAUGAUCACUCAGUUGUAAGCGAUGGCCUGCUUUAGGCAGAAUUACACGCCAUAUUCCAUUCUAUUUCUUAAUGAUGGAUUUAACUGAACUCUGGGGGAUGUUCAGGGACUUGGAAAUGUAUUUGGAUCCGUACCCUGACUUAUACUUUUUCAAAAACCUUUUCAUGGAGUUGCUUGGAGUGUUCUUUUGUCCUUACUGGCACUUCCAGACACAGGUGUCUUUAUACUACAGUCACUUGAGACGCAUUCACUGCACUCAGGCUAUCUCCAUUUUCUGCAAGCACCAAUGGGCUGGACCGCUCUUGAAUUAGGUCCGUCAAUUUAAUGGGGAUGAGUAUUAAUAAUGCAGUCACUUAUUUUGCAUUAUGUAUUUGUGAUUAAUUGACACUACUACACUUACCCCUACUGUAGAAAUCUGUUUUCACAUUGACAUUAAAGUGUUUUUUUGUCAAUUCUUGUCAAAAAACCCAAAUUACAUUGACCAAGAUUCAAUUUAUAAAAGUGAUAAAAGAGGGUGAUAUUUUUUAUAGGCACUAUGUAUACAGUAAUUUACAAAAUGAGAGGUUUUGUAUAUUUCCAUGUGAAUUAGGAAGUAAAGUUGCGACUUGGAAAAAGGGUAAAAAAUAGCAUUUGAUUCUGAAUGUCAAAGCAAUGUCUUGGUUUUUUUUUACUUAAAACUCUGACUCUAAUGCAAUAUUAAUCCAUGAGAGGCACAAACUGGGGUUAGAGUAUGUUAACAGCUCUGUUGUUUUGUGGUUUAAAGUCUGUACAGGCUGGUAUUUAAAUACAAAAAUAAUUUUGAUAAACCCACUAUUUCACUCUAGGAGACCAUUCAGCUUCAGAGUCAAUAUUGAACUCCACUGAGAACCACUAACUAAAAUAUCUGAGGCCUGUGUUUCUGUUCAGGGCUGCUUUAUUUUAACCAACCUACAGGAAGCUGGUUAAUGUCAGCAUUUGGGCACAUUCCUUCCUGCCACUAUUUGCUAGAUGAUGGAAUGUAUCCAUUUGUCUGUCACGUGCACUCCCAAGUCCCAUGGAAAUCCAUUUGUUUGUCAUGAUGUGACGUGAUAAUUUUGUACCAGACUUUGAACAAUGUGUCAGCAGGUAUUUUUAUUAAUAAAAAAAAGUGAUCCCUUUUUUAUAGAUUCAGUACAUCAGAUUAAACAAUUUUAAAUCAAAAGACAAAUGUUAGGGCCCCAUGUCAGUACAGUUAAACACAAACACACUUAGGCUGAAAUUUUAUUAGUGUUGGUCAGGAACUCACCUCGCCACUACUUACAAAAACAACACAAUAUUAACCUGCAAAUUAGAGGUCAGUCAGAGCAAUGCAUAUCUUUAAAUUUUGGUAUAUGUAUUUGGAAUAUGGUUUUCUGUAACUGGUCACAUCUUGUGACAUGCUGAUGUGAUGUUAAAUUACUGAAUUGCUGAGAAAAUAAGUCCAUUGUUGCCCGUAAGUCCUUCCAGACGGUGGUUAGACCUGACUUUGCUUGUGCGGUGGGUGGAAACCUGUGAAUAAUUUAUUUUAUGCAUCAUUGUAAAGCGACCUGUGAUAGCUUGCUGUGAAAAAUGAGACCAUGGCUGAAAUGAUGGGUGCACCUGAGCGGUGAUGCUUUUAGUCCUCAAGUUCCUCCACAUGAACACCAAUUAUGAUUUUAAAAAAAACCCCAUCUCUACCUCUUCUCCAGGGACAUGAUGGUGGACAAGUUAUCACUCAAUAGUCUUACGUACACAUUAUAGUCCAUGGCUGCCGAAUUGGCAACUUUGCACACACAUAGAAAUGUGCAUUUGUGUUGCAGACUUUCAUUAGACAGCUUUCGCCAAGAGCUUCAUUGUCAUCGUCGUCAUCGUCACAAACACAUCAGUGAGCCACACUGUUGCACUGACUGACAUGUUCUUUCAAUUGAUGAAUAUGAGUCUUUUUAACAUAUGACAUUUUUGACUAGCAGUGCCGCAGUGCACUCAGGUGGUUGCAUGGUACAAGUCUAGAGAACUGGAACAUCGGAAUGCAUCUCCUAAGGGGUUUAAGGAGGCUCCAGAGGGUAAAUGGUACCUAAAGCAAAGGAAAUUAUGGCUUAUUGCAAAGGUGUAUAUUCUGUAUAUAAGGUGAUAUUCAGCCUUGUCAGACUGUUCUGGUGUUUUUAUGCGAGGUGUUCUGGAAAAACUAAUUGGAAUAUAAAACGGCUCGAUUAGUAAUGGAGUGGUUAAUGCAGUUGACCUCUACGUGGGCAACCACGCACCGCAUGGAAGAAGAGUUUAAUUUUACAGCCCUUUACCAUUAGGCUUUGUGAGUUUAUGGUUUUCCAGUAGUUUCAAGGAAUAUUUCCAGCGUUGAGUCCCAGCGUGGUUACGUUAAGGCAGCAGGUUUUAGGAAAGGUUAAGUGAGCAGUCAGAGCACUUCAGUGUAGACAUCGGUCCGCUUUGGUUUUCUCGUGCUGCUAUCGGUAAAUACAACACAACAUAAUAUUUCCUGUGACAAUGAAAAACGGCAACAUGAAAAACUGUGGUUAUUUAUUUAUUUAUUUAUUUUACUUUUACAGAAAAUGGCCACAACAAACCACAGGGUUUUAAAAAGAUAAGGCCUUCAUGGAGUCUGACAUUUUUCAUCACUAGGGCUGAGCAAUAUAUUGAUAUUAUAUAGUUAUUGUGAUAUAUGAUUAUAUAUGGUCUUAGAUUUUGGAUAUGGUUCUAGGUGGUACAUCGUAAGUGUUUUCUUUGUUUUAAAGGCUGCAUUACAGUAAAGUGAUGUCAUUUCCUGUACUUACAAGGCUGUUCUACUUGUUCUAGUAGGGGUACCAGCCUUUACGGACUUAGUCAGUAUAUCCAAAUAAGUGGUGAUUAUUCAAAAAUCCCAAUUUGUUUAAGCAACAGUAGUCACGUCUACAUUAUCCUCGCAUAAUCAACAUCGCAGUAUUGGUUGAAAAUAGAUUUGAUUCUGUCGCCCUGAAUUGGUAGUUCUAUCAUUUAUUGAGUGUUUAGUUGUUUAUUUCAAAAUAUCCAUAUAUAUAUAUAUAUUGCAAUGAAAGUAUUGCCAUAGGUGUCAAAGCUUGGAGGGGCUUGGUCCAGCUGCAAAGUGUUCCAGUUCAGCUUGUACCGAAAAAUGUGCACAGGCUGCUCAGUGUCUUCAGGUUAUUGAGUGAAGGCUCUGGAAACGGCGCACAAUGUGUCGGGGCUCUGAUUGUGCGUCUCUUUUAAAAUCUUGCAACGUUAGACGGAGCGAUGCAGACAAAGAGUCCUCACACAGAACAGCAGAGCGCGUUCUUCGUCCUGUGCAAAUUGAGUUGGAGUUGCGUUACAGCGGACGGCCUUAUGGGGGGGAUUGGGUUUACUCCAUUGUGUUUUAAUGGCUACCUCCUCUGUUUCAUCUGGUGGAAAGGAGAUCAGGUUUUCCAGUCCCCUGCGGUUUAGACGGGGGAGUAAAAGGGACGAAUUAACUAAGAUGUAAAACGAAAGGGAUGCGCCUGUGUCUUUUUUUUUCUUUUUCUUUUUUUUUUAAAUUGUGUUUUCCUCUCUCCAGGUAAACACUGGCUCAUAUUUAUUUCAGUAUGUUAUGAUUCGUAUAACUUUGCUCCUGCCAGAGUGACUUUUUCCAACUGAUUAGAGGAUUGCCUACCAUCUUGCAAGUUUCUAGGUGAAACAUUCUUCCUUUAAUGUUUUUUUUCUUUCUUUCUUUUUUUUUUUUUUACAAGCUGUUCCUUGAAGGAAAUGUCAGGAUUUACAUGUCAUGGGCAACUAUAACUAAUAAAUCCAGGUUUUGUUAGGUCACACCAUAUGGAUAUUAAUAUUUAAGAGUUUGUUAUUUGUCAUAAUAGUCAUUAUUGGCUGACUUCUCCAACGUGUCACUUCUUUCUGGUAGACAGUGUGGUUAGACAUUGUCUCUAAUUUACCUCAAACAAACCUUUGGAAUUUCUGUACUGUUUAUGUCCUGGUCAGCCAAAAUAAACAUGAAUGCAUCGUAAUAAAAUGUCAGUGAAUGGGCCGUGAUGUAAUGCAAAACAUGUGAACCAAUGGCCAGUUUCCAUGAAAUGUUUGUGUAUGGUUCUGACCUUCCUUACAGAGCCACCACCAGGUCAAUUCCCUUUUGUUCAGCACUUAACACUUUACUGUGUGCAUUGCCCUGAAAUGUCCUGGGCAGUCAUUAAGAAUCUUAAUAAGCUCUCUCCUGCACCGCCCUCAAAAUGUCCAAAAAUGUCAACUUUGGAUGUAAUAUAUCUCAUUGUAUGCUGAUUGCUAUAACAAGACAUACACCUUUUUUGAUUUCGAAUGACCUAACCUUUUAAUACCCCCAUCGGGACAGACUUUAUAUGUUUUAUCUCCAUUGCUAAGGCCCACGAACAGCAAAGUCAUCAGUAUGUUAAUCUGACAUGGGGUUUUUCAUUUGCUCCAAUAUCAUCAUUCAUUGUUGUGAUGCAACCAGGCCACACUUGCUUCUGUUACAGCGAAUACCUGCUGUUCUGGCCUUGUACUGUUCAACGAACCGUAGGGGGAAGACUAAUGCACGGAACAGUUGCAGUCACAGGAACACAGUAGGGUUUGUUUCAUGCCUUAGGAUGCAGUCAUAUUGUGGACCAGGGCUCAAAGAUAAAGUCCCUCUGUAUUUAUUAUAUUCUAAUUGCAAUUUGUAUAUUCUGCCUUAAUCAGGGUUUGUUCCCUUCGGAGGUGUACGAUGAUGUUGAGGGACCGUGUGUCUGUCACAGUAUGACUUACUAUUGAUGUUGAUGAGGAAAACCUCGAAACUGCAAACACUAAUCCAUUUGUCCAGUUAGUGUUGAAACACUUACGACAAAUGCCACUUGGUAAUUAUGGCUGGGCCAUGAUUCAGUAUUAUAGUGCAUCGAUUUCACUGGCAUUGCGCCGUGGUUAUGUGGCCAUGUAAUGGUGUUGUUCUACGAAAUGUAAUCGUCCACGUAAUGGAAUUGAAGCAGAAACAAAAUUGGUCACCGAACAUUAAUUUUGAUUUAUUUCAAGUUCAUAUGUAAAGAUUUUGUCAUCAUGUCCCUCUGCCUGCUCCCUUUUAACCUACAUAACAGUAUUCACUAAAAGUCAGGCUGUGAACUAGUGUCUGUGAGUUUGAAGCAUAGAUUGAAGUACCAGACACUGAAUGAAAAUACAGCACCUGUUCAGUCUAAUAAGAAUUGCUUGCCUGGCGCGUACACCAGAAAGGUUUCCUGUUUGGGUUCACAAGUUCCUGAUCAGCUCAUAGGCUUUACACCGUGCUGAAGUUACAGAUAUUAAAUUACAUUUUGAGGCUUAUGUAAAGUUUUUCAACCAUGAAACCUACAUUGAUUUAAAAAAAAAAAAAAAAAAUCAUUCUAGAAUUAAUUUUCAAACGGGUGUCCUUUUCAGUUUCAGUGGUUGCUAUUGUGCUCCAAGGGUCUCCAAUAAGUUUAUCAUUGGGGAGUUCUACUGUGUACUGUGUUAAAUUCCUUCUUACACUCACAGUUACAGAAACACACUCUUUGCUGAUGGGUAACAAAAAGUAAAAUGAUGCUCCUGUCUUCCUACAUACUAUUUAGCUUUCUUUUUAUUCUACCUGGAUAAAUCCGGUUAAAACGUUUAACUGAUAUGAUAGUUUGUUUUCUUUUUUUUUCCUUUUAAACUUGACUAGCUUUUAAGUUUUCAUACAUGGACAUGUAUGUAGCCUAUGUGUGUAAGACUGUAAGAAUAACAGUUACUCAUGUCAAACCUCUUCAAAUCUUAGUUUUCAGGGGUCAAAAAUGAGCAAAACCUCUGGUACACAGUGUGAUUUAUCUUUUUUUUCAUGCACACUCGAUUCAAAUAUCUUUCUUUUCUGUUCUACUAUUCCCAGCACCUAGAGUUAUUACUGACAGGAGGUACUUUUAUGUUUUCUGAUAUUCUCUCAAGCUGUUACAGAUUAUACCGAACUGGAAGUGCAAGUUAAUUCAGAAAGCAACAGUGUAUUUUGGCUUGGCUCUUACUUGAAACCGCGUGUUUCUGUUAAAAUGUGUAGUAGACCAUGCUCUUUGUGUGCAUCCAUUGAGUUGAUUUUGGUUUUUUUUUUUGUUUUCUCUUGUACUGAAUAAAAGCAACGGUUCUUUAACUUCA